CUUCAAGCUAUUAGUUCUAAAGUUUGUUGGUUUGGUUGUAUAAUUCGUUAGUAAGUUAGUUAGCUUUAGCUCUUCUAUAAAUACAGCUCAUCCGUACCAAUUGCACUCCAUUUUCGUCUCUUGUCUAUCGGCAAUCUCUCUCGCCUGAGUCUGUUUCUUGACCUCUGAAAAGCCAUGGCGGGAAGUGACCCUCGGAAGCAACUCCUAACUCUAAUCCGAGACUUUGCCUCUGAAAAAUCGCAAGGAGAGAGAAGAGUUAUUGGCUUAAAGAAGCGAAUCGAAGAACUUCUCUCUGAGCUCGACGUAGCAAAUGCAGAGCUCGAAGAUGCCAAGCGUGCGAAAGAAACUGUUGAGCAAGAGCUUAGAGGCUACGAAGUUGAAAAUGCUAUGAACGACCAUUCGAUACAGACCCUAGAUGCUAGAAUAUGUCUGAUUCAGGACGAGAUAUCCUCUGUUGGAUCUGAUCUAGAUGCUCUUAAGGUUAAAGAAGGAACUUCGCGAGAUGAGUUUAUAGGACAAAUGUGUAAGCUUAACACCAUGAUAAGGAAAUUCCAAGAGACAAUUGCUUGUAAUGUACACUAUGAAAAUCAUGUUGGAACUGCAGCAGAAGCAGAACACAAACAUGCGGAGGAAGUCACUGAAGCUGCUUUAAAAACUAUGGAGGAUACACUGUCCCAUACAAUCUCUCAAAUAAGUAAAGAGGAAGAAGAAUACCAAGCAGAGCAGGAUAUUCAAAAGAAGUGCCAGCAGGAGUUGGUUGAUCUCGAGAAGAAGGUAUCUCUGAUGGAAGUAAUACUGAAAGUAACGAAAGCAUUACAGGACAUGACCAGGCAGACUUCUGAACUGGAAGUCACGUGUGCUUCCCUCGGUGAGGAGUUGCAGAGGAGAUGUGUAUGUCCAAGUUGUCACCUAGAUAAUGUGGAGGCCCUGGGCAAGCUGCUUCAGUGAUGCUUCCGGUUUUUGAUCUCUAAAGAGAUUUGUGCUGGCCGUAUUGUGUGGUGGAUGCAGCUGGGAGAUUUUAUCUGCUGGCUUUACGUGGUCUUGCUUGCACGGUGCAUGUUCGAUCAAAUAUCAAAGGAUUCUGAGUCUCUCAUUUCUCUGUUUCUCUUCUUGCUAUUCUUCUUUCAAAUAUCAAAGAAUAAUCUUCUUCUUCUUUUGUUCUAAGAGCUACUAUUUCUUGAAUUUCUCCAUCGUAUCCUUGUCAACUCUGUUGUUGAACUUCUUUCUUUCAUAAGGCUUCUCUGUUAUCAAUUAUCAAUGUCAGUUAUGAUGAACUGAACAAAAACCAACUUGAAUUGUUUCUGUUCUCGAAGUGAUGCAGGUUUGGAGUUGAAUUGGUGAUACUUUUCUGGGAGAGAGAAUGGGAAUGACCAUUGCCAUUGGUGUCACUGCGUGUCCUGUGUCCCGACCUGUAGAUGGAAUUGUGGAGAAAAUUAAGCUUUCCUCCUAUGUAAAUGCAUGACUGUUGUAGAAAUUAGUCAUUCCUCUAUGUCUACUUCAUAUUAGUUAGUA